UCUUAGAUAUCCAGAUUGUUACAAAAGGAUGCAGAGCAGGAGUCCCAAAUGAGAGCUGAAAUUCAGAACAUGAAGCAAGAACUCUCAACCAUUAGUAUGAUGGAUGAGUUUGCUAGAUAUGCCCGUCUAGAAAGAAAGAUUAACAAAAUGACUGACAAGCUUAAAACUCAUGUGAAAGCACGAACUGCCCAAUUAGCCAAAAUAAAGUGGGUUAUAAAUAUUGUAUUCUACAUCUUACAAGCUGCCUUGAUGAUCUCUCUGAUUUGGAAGUACUAUUCUGAGCCAGUUACAGUUCUUCCAAGCAAAUGGCUUGCUCCGCUGGAGCGCCUGGUAGCCUUUCCUACAGGGGUGGCAGGUGGUGUUGGAAUUACAUGUUGGCUUGUGGUUUGUAAUAAAGUUGUAGCUAUCAUGCUACACCCUUUCAGCUGAAGGAAUCCCAGUAAUACAUGGAGUCUUCAACUACAUUUUCAUUAUCACUGUUUUAAAUGAAUAAAACCAAAAAGAAGAACAGUUAUCUUUCAUGAGACUAGGUCUGAGA